CACAACAGAGGUUUUCUUACAAUUCAAAAACGUUAUCAGUUAUCACAGGAUUUGCAUCGAUGAGAGACACCACCAUGAUUGAUUAUUUCAUCAUUAAAACGAAUGUUACGGAAAGGCGUGUAAACAAAUGAAUCUGUCUAAAUUUGGUCUCGGUUCAGUAUUCUGCUCGUUUUUUGUGGUGUCAUAUUUCAUAAAUAAGUAUGUGUUGUCUGUCCUGAAAUUCACAUAUCCAACCUUAUUUCAGGGGUGGCAGACCUUCAUUGGAGCUCUUUUGCUCUUGGUGUCAGGAAAACUAGGAUGGGUAGAAAUCAGCAGCAUCCCCAGGGCAGCAGCUUUGGCCUGGCUCCCUGGUUCAGCAUUGUUUGUCGGCAACAUCUAUGCUGGCUCCAGAGCCCUGUCUUGCCUGCCCAUACCUUUUUUCUUCACACUCCACAAUGCCUCUGAGGUCAUCUCAUUCUUGAUUCUGAAAGUGACUCAAAGAGAGCGGAUGUCUUGGAUGAAAAUAUUCAGUGUGAAUCUGUUGCUUGCAUCUGCAAUCAACCUUCCCAUCCACGAUCCGCAGUUUGAUCCUGGUGGAUAUGUUUGGGCUUUAAUUCACAUUUUCUGUGUUGGAGCUUACAGAGUAUUCCAGAAGAAGACCAGCCACCUAAGUGACCUGGAACAACAGUAUAUCAACUAUGUGUUCAGUGUUCUGUUGUUAACCUUUGCUGCACAUCCUACAGGUGACCUUUUUGGUGCUCUGGACUUCCCUUUCCUUAUGUCUUAUCAGUUCCACAGUGGGUGCUGUGCCAGUGCCUUGCUUGGCUUCUUCCUUCUGCUGGCUACAGUUAAACUGAGGACUGCCUUGCCUCUGGAGCACUGUGGAGCUUGGGUCUUCUUGGCCAAGGUGCUUACAACAGGACUGUCACCCCUUGUGUUCCAGAUAGAGGUUAAUCCUGAAACUCUCUGCUGCAUCCUCUGCAGCCUUGGUGGAGAGGCCCUGUUAGUGUACUCUGAAAAAGCCUGAUUUUCCUCAAGAGAUUUCUGAAGCGCAUCACCUAAAGAAGAGAUAAGAAUCGCCUGAACACCUGCUGCUGAGAAGGUCCUAGCACUAAGCAUAUCUUUCUCCAACCAUCUCACAGAUCAGUGAGGAGUUUCAGGCUGCUUAUUUUGAGACUUUUUGUUAUUAUUGUUUUUAAGGGAAGUGAUUACAGAAAAACUUCUGCUCUAAAACAUAUAAUUUUCAGUUGUACAUUCUGGUCCAAUUUCAUGUGUUUAACAUGUUCAUUGAGGUUCAGACCAUUUCAGAAUUAAUUUGCUCAAGAAUGACAGCAGUUAAAUGACUAUAGAUGUUGGUUGUUUAUAUUUUUUCACAAUAUUGUCUCUUUGUUUACUUAUUUCUUCUUAUUAUUUACAUUGUUAUUAUCAUAGCCUUAUGUGUAGCCCCACACUUAUCUGUAGCUUUUUAUCUCUGUAUAUGAAAUUAUGCACAUAUGUGACCAUGUAAAGCGAAACCAGUCAUUUUGGUCAAAUUUACAAAAUUAAGUUAUUCAUUUUGGCCAUGAACUAAGCUUUCCAACGUUAUUACACAAACUAUCGCUAAGAUAACCGCAUCCAAAGUUGACAUGGUUCUCCUGUCACGAUAUGCCAGAAGAGGAGAACUCACCUUUUUAAGCAGUUCGUGGACAACUGGAAUGACUGCAAUUGUGUUGAAUCUUCGCCGGGUUUAACAGUCAAGACGUACUGUAUGUUUUUCCGUGAAAUUAGUUCACGAUAUGAAAUUGUAGACUGUAUACUGUCGAAUUAUGCGAAAACGUGAAAUUCAUUAUUUUAACCCAGAAGUUUGUUUAUUGUGGAUUUUCUCAAAAUAACGUUGUGCGCAAAGCGACUGAUUUCGCUUUAAAGGGUCACAUACAUAUUAUAUAAUAGAGUUGGUGCACCAAAGAUGAGUUAUUACACCGAUCAAACACAACCACCUAUCAUGGCAAAUAUGAAUGUUGUCUGAUUUUACUGAAACAUGUAUGCAUUUCAUUAUAUGUGCCUUGUUAUUUAUGAAUUUAGAAAAGUAUUUGAAAAAUGUUUACUCUUUUGGAGAACUGGAUCGCAUUAGGUCUUAUGGAAAGUAAAUAAAAUUACA